AUGUCAUCCAACCCUUCUACCGUUAAUCACAAGAAGUUUGCGGGCUUUUCCGACCUUCCGCUAGAGGUGCGCGACAGAAUAUAUGCAAUUUGCGCAUAUGACAAGGACCGACUCAUCGAAAAGGAAGUGAGCCGACGCAGCACAACAACCACAAGUGAUGCUUUCUGGGCAGCGCGUGGUUACUACAGCUUGACCCAGGUCUCUCGCCAAACGCGGAAGGAGUUUCGUCCAUUGUACCUGAAGGAUCGCGCCAUUUCAGUGCACAUCCGUGAUGCGCAGGACUACCUCGAUGCUAUUUAUCCAGAUUCUGGAUCAAGUGUUGUUCACCGCGAAAACAUUGUCGCUUGGCUUACGAUUCGCACCGACGUGGAGCGACGUGGCAAAUAUGACACGCCCAUCGAAAUCCGGCCUCUUCUAGCCAGGCUCUUCAAUACGCCUGGCAUAGACUUUGAAUUUAACGGCAAAGGUGGCGCCAUUUUCAACGAAUUAUUCCUUGGCUAUGAACCAGAGUGGAGGGCCGCAGUCAACAACGAGUUCAAGAGCGUCGAGUUAAAAGAACCGAGUGUGUUCGGAAUGCGCCUGGUCCUGGAUCCUAAAUGCCCAACUCCCUGGAUCAAACAAUGUGCGAUUUCUGUUACCAGGCUACCGCAUGUACCAGAAGAAGCGCUCCAGUGGUUCAGUGCAUUGGGACUCGACACGGAAAACGACAUGAUCUUUGUUAGAAGGGGUGCACCGAAGUGGCUCCGUCGCGACUUCAUAAAGGUAUCGAAGUGA